AUGAACUAUCAUCGAUAUCCUUCUCAAAAUCAUCAUUUUAAAACCCUCAAAAAAUCUAAUUUUUAUUUCCAAUCGUAAUUAUAUUUCUCAUUUUCAUUAGACUCAAAACUGAUAAUCAAAUAUAAAACAAACAAAAUGAAAUUUUUACAAAUCUUCGAACUGUUAUUAAAUAGAAUGAAAUAUUAUUAUCAGAAAAUUGUGAAUGUAAUCCUAUUGUGAAAAAAAAAACACGAAUAUAGAAAAACACUUGUGAAUGUUCCAUCUAUUGA